AUGGCCGACCUGGAGAAUCACCAACAGCCAGUGGACGAUCAAAAAAGAUUCCAUGACAGCAAUGAGGGACAACAACAAAACAUAGAAGUUAAUGUUAUGAUUCACGGGAAUGGAACUGGUAACGACGAGUGUUCAACAAAUGAAAGCGACAGACAGAUUACGUCUUCCUUAAGCGGAAAGGGUGACGGGGAUUGUGAAGCUCACCAUGACCGGAACAUAGUAUCGAGAAUGCAAAACUACAGUGACAUGCCGAACAUCGAAUGUAAAUCUAUAAUGGUUGAUUCCGAAAAUAUCACGAUUCACCAUGCACACGUUAAAACAGUGGAUAUAACAAGUCAUGGGAGCGAACAAAACCAUCCUGACGAUCAACAACCUAGUUCAAGCUCAGGUCAGCUAGAUAGAAGGCAACUAUCAACCAUAGAUUCAACGAUAUAUAUAGAUCCGGAACCGGAACCGGAACCGGAACCAGAACCGGAGUCAAAACUGGAGCCGGAAACGGAGCAAACCCCUAUCAAAGAGGAAUCAGAUUAUAUUGAGGAAACAUGGAAGCAUUCCAAGGCAAGGCGUUAUCGUAGACGAGCAAUAUUUUGUACCGACAGUUACAACAAUAUUGGCGACAUGGCACGAGAAAAACAGUUCUCAGAAGCUCUCAGUACCAUGAAGGAUCGAUUGAUCCGACGGACAAAACUUGACAGAAACUUGUCUGAACUUGUGUCAUCAAAAGAACCCAAAUUCGAUACCAUAAAGGAAAGUGAGAAAAGGGAAGAAAACAACAAAGAUGAACUUAACCAUCGACAGAAAAAACUUACCAUGAAGGACGUGUACAAAGAAUUACGACUAAUGCGACAGGUAGUGGCAGCCUGUGUAAGAGUAGACUCUUCCGUCACAAAAGAACAUCCAGACAAAAGUGUGUCAAGAGCAUUACAUUCAGAAAACGACAAAGAAAAGAAAGAAGAUCAUGACAAUUCAGAUACUGCUACAGAGCACACAGCUGAGAUGAGUGCAGAUGAUGAGUCGCCCCAUUGUCAGUCGGAGACAACAUCAACCGAGGAAAACAUUGAAUCUAAUGAAGAAACAGAGAACCAGGACUCUAACAGUAUUCAGGAACAGGAGGAGAUCGCAACAAUUCGUCGGUUAUCAAGUAUGGACAUUGGUCAAGAGGAUGAAAAACAAAACUCAGACGAUGAUAGUCACAGUAACAUGGCAACAGAACAGAGAAACGAGUCUUGUACAAAUGAAGAAAAUGAGAAUAGUGUGCAUUUCGAUGGCGAUGAGGUUUCAUGUGACAGAAAAGUCGAGGAAAAUGAUGAUGAUGACAGCGAUGAAAGAUCAACUGAAAAGUCAACUAAAGAGACAUUAGUCCUCAACCAUCAAACUGAUGUCAAUGACAAAAUACCAUCACGCCUGAGUGGCAACAUCGAUCAGUCACCUGACGAGGAAAAGUACUCAAGGAAAGACAGUAUCAGUUCACUGGACUGGACUAGUACCUACUCUAACCUGAAUGAUGUGGUUUUACUUGUGGAGGACUUUAAUGGAAGGUCGGUGGUGGGGUGUGUUGUCUACACGGAAAUGGACACAUCGGACCCAGCACACUGCAGUCUUGUCUAUCCAGCCGAUGUUCCGUCAGUGGUCAAUAUCUACGAAAAUGUCGUCAGUAACAUUCUCCAUAUAGUUCCAAGCGAGAUCCUAACUGGCGAGGAAGACGAAGACGAAAUCACGGUGGCAAUACCGUUCACGAAGGAUGAGAUGUACUACUAUCAAGAACCCGUACUACGCGUGUUAGACUCAAAAGACCGAUGGAGUGAUUUUCCAUGCCGAGAAACUUUGUAUCAUCGGGACGAUGAUUCGAACCUGUAUGUGUUGAUGGCAAAAUUUACUGGACCAACAACAUGUGUGGUAGUUGCCAUGCCAAUCGUGGAUGACAUUAUUUUCACAGACAAGAUGACAAGGUUCCAUUCAACCAUAGACAGUGACAUUAUCCUUACCUGUCCCGUCAGUGCAAGAAUCAACUCUAAAAACGUGCACGUUGAACUCAAGGUUAUGCCUGUACUACCCAGAAUAUUAGAAGAGACAAAGAUGAUGUUCGACACUGACAGACAGAAGCUUUACAAUGCCGGUGCUAUAGUAACUCUGAAGUUCUUUGAUGACCAUCCCCAGACGAUAUACAUGCACCUGCCGUGUACCCGACCUCCAGUUUCCUCUCGUCCUACGACUGGCAGUAAGCGUGCAUCUUCGUGUCUUGGUACACCUGACUCUGGAUACAGGUCAAUGUCUAGAGGAGCACAGAUUAGCAGGAAAGGCUCGACUUUCGGCAAGUUCGUGGAGCCCAGUCAAGAAAAAGAAUAUCGACUUGUUCGAUUUGCGUCUGGUAUGGCCACCAAGGUCAAGAUGUUGACCUCUGAUGAUGUCACAGUUGAUGAUCAAGUGGCAUUUUCCGUACAUGAGAAAUCAAGCACUUCGGUUGUCCUUGAAGUUACGGAAGAGUUACCGCCGAAAGUGAUACAAGAUAUAGUUCCUCGACUUCUUAACAACAUCGAAUAUCAAAAUGUACAGAUAUGCGUGGCUCACAACAAAAAGUGCCUUAAUGAACUUGCCCUGUCAUGUGACCAGGUAACGAACAUUAACUCCCGCCAAAUGAUGCGACUAGAGACAGACAAUAUUAUUAGAACGAAGGCCGUGAAACUGAAGGAAGGUGAUACACUGUGUUUAUGUUUUCGUGGUAAUAUUUCGUCUAUUUCUAAUCAUCGCAUUAUAUUCCGCUACUAUGGUGUUCAUGGCAUCCAUACAGCAUGGACGAUCGACAUUGUGGAUCGGUAUUCUCAGAGGUCACUCUCUUCGUUCUGUGGUUUUCUCCAAAUAUUUGUAUGGAAGGCGAAGCUUCCAUUCGACUGUCAGCGCUUGGAUGUGGAUAAUAAAACAUUCUGGGAUCUUGUCACUGAAAUGCCUAUCUCUCUGCCAAAGCCAGCACUGAAGCUUUCCACAAAAGUAGUUCGAGCUCCGGUCAGUGUUAGAUGUGAAGGGUCCAUAACGCCGGAAUUUCUCGAAAACCUUGCACAGGCGAUUGGUGAAGGAUGGCUGAGACUGGCAAACAGUCUAGAUAUCGACCAUCCACGAAUACAAUCAAUCAAACAGCAGCAUAAGGGAAAGCACAAAGAGCUGGCGAGAGAUAUCCUUAUGACAUGGUUCAAACGGUCAUUGUUCGGAAAAGAAAAGACAUCCGCCUUAAUCCUAGCCCUACGUAACAGUGGCAGAGAUGAUCUAGCAGACGCCCUGAGGGAGAGCAGCAAACGGUACAGAAGAGAACAGGCCAGAAAUGCAAGAGAUAACAAGAUGGAGACAGUAAUCUUAUCGGUCUGUAAGAGCGGCCAUGUGGUGUCCAGAUGGAAGGACAUCGCUAGUAUGCUAGACAUGAAUGACUCAGAAAUCCAGACAAUCAACACUGAAAACACUGACGAUGUAUUGAAAUGUCGUGGGAUGUUGUCUCUCUGGAAACAAAAGCAAAAUGGAUACGGCAUCCGUAAACUUGUCAAGUGCUUGAAACAUCUUGGACUGAACCAUAUCGCAGAUCACCUGAUCUCGAUGAUGGCGAAAAACUCUUCAUGA